GGCGCCUGCUGGUGCAGCUGAGCCGGCGCAGCUGAGCGCCAAUGGACCCGAGCCACGGCGGGCCAGGGGAUGAGGGAGGUGGCCCGGGUGCCGGAGCCCCGGGAGCCCUGCUGUGGGAACAGAUCGAGCCUCCAUCCCACCACUUGUCCCCUGAGGAGCGGGCCCUGCUCUACGAGGAAGCUCUCUACACGGUCCUGUACCGCCUGGGUCAGCCCGAGCCCACGCACGUGGGGGAGUCCUCUGAGCUGCUUCGAUACCUGCAGGAGGCCUUCCGCGUGGAGCCCGAGGAGCACCGGCGGCUGCUGCGGCAGGUCCAGGAGCUCGAGAAACCAAUAUUCUGUCUGAAGGCCACGGUGAAACAAGCCAAGGGCAUUCUGGGCAAGGAUGUCAGUGGGUUCAGUGACCCCUACUGCCUGCUGGGCAUCGAGCAGGGGGUGGGUGUGCCGGGGGGCAGCCCUGGGCUCCAGCGACGGCAGAAGGCCGUGGUGAGGCACACCAUCCCAGAGGAGCAGAUCCACCGCACCCAGGUCAUCACCCAGACGCUCAACCCCGUCUGGGACGAGACCUUCAUCCUGGAGUUUGAGGACAUAAGCAAUGCCAGCUUUCAUCUGGACAUGUGGGACAUGGACACCGUGGAGUCCGUCAGACAGAAGCUCGGGGAGCUCACAGAUCUGCACGGUCUGCGAAGGAUCUUUAAGGAGGUCCGGAAAGACAAAGGCCAGGAUGACUUUCUGGGGAACGUGGUUCUGAGACUACAGGACCUGCGCUGCCGGGAGGAUCAGUGGUACCCUCUGGAGCCUUGCACGGAGACCUACCCAGACCGUGGUCAGUGUCACCUCCAGUUCCAGUUCAUUCACAAGCGGAGAGCCACCGCGGCCAGCCGCUCGCAGCCCUGCUACACGGUGCACCUCCGCCUGCUGCAGCAGCUCGUGUCCCACGAGGUCACCCAGCACCAGGCGGGCAGCACCUCCUGGGAUGGGUUGCUGAGCCCCCAGGCCGCCACCAUCCUCUUCCUCCACUCCACGCAGAAGGACCUGUCCGACUUCCACCGGUCCAUGGCGCAGUGGCUGGCCUACAGCCGUCUCUACCAGAGCCUGGAGUUCCCCAGCAGCUGCCUCCUGUACCCCAUCACCAGCAUCGAGUACCAGUGGAUCCAGGGCCGGCUCAAGGCAGAGCAGCUGGAGGAGUUGGCCGCCUCAUUCAGCUCCCUCCUGGCCUAUGGCCUCUCCCUCAUCCGGAGGUUCCGGUCUGUCUUCCCCCUCUCCGUCCCCGACUCCCCAGCCCGGCUGCAGUCUCUCCUCAGGGUCCUGGUACAGAUGUGCAAGAUGAAGGCCUUUGGAGAAGUGUGCCCCGAAAGCGGCCCCCUGCCCCGCCUGGUGACCGAGGCCCUGCGGACCGGCACCACUGAAUGGUUCCACCUGAAGCAGCACCACCAUCAGCCCAUGGUGCAGGGCAUGCUGGAGGCGGGCAAGGCCUUACUGAGCCUGGUACAAGACAUCAUUGGCGACCUGCACCAGUGCCAGCGCACGUGGAACAAGAUCUUCCAUAAUGUCCUCAAGAUCGACCUCUUCUCCAUGGCUUUCCUGGAGCUGCAAUGGCUGGUGGCCAAGAGGGUGCAGGACCACAUUGCGGUGGUGAGCAGUGCUGUGACCCCGGAGAUGGGCGAAAGUCUGUUCCAGCUCUACGUCAGCCUCAAGGAGCUCUACCAGCUGGGCCCGGUCCCCUCGGAGAGGGAUGGCGUCCUGGCCCUGGAAGGCUUCCACCAGUGGUUCCAGCCGGCCAUCCCCUCCUGGCUGCAGAAGACGUACAGCGUGGCCCUGGCGCGGGUGCAGCGCGCUGUGCAGAUGGACGAGCUGGUGCCCCUGGGUGAACUGACCAAGCACAGCACGUCGGCUGUGGACCUGUCCACCUGCUUUGCCCAGAUCAGCCACACUGCCCAGCAGCUGGACUGGCCUGACCCAGAGGAGGCCUUCAUGAUCACCGUCAAGUUUGUGGAGGACACCUGUCGGCUGGCCCUGGUGUACUGCAGCCUCAUAAAGGCCCGGGCCCGUGAGCUCUCUGCCGGCCAGAAGGACCAAGGCCAGGCAGCCAACAGGCUAUGUGUGGUGGUGAAUGACAUGGAGCAGCUGCGGCUGGUGAUCGGCAAGCUGCCCACCCAGCUGGCAUGGGAGGUGCUGGAGCAGCGGGUAGGGGCUGUGCUGGAGCAGGGGCAGCUGCAGAACACGCUGCAUGCCCAGCUGCAGGGCGCCCUGGCUGGGCUGGGCCAUGAGAUCCGCACUGGCGUCCGCACCUUGGCCGAGCAGCUGGAGGUGGGCAUUGCCAAGCACAUCCAGAAACUCGUGGGCAUCAAGGAAUCCGUCCCGCCUGAGGAUGCCAUUCUGCCCCUGAUGAAGUUCCUGGAGGUGAAGCUCUGCUACAUGAACACCAACUUGGUGCAGGAGAACUUCAGCAGCCUUCUGACCCUGCUCUGGACCCACACACUCACGGUGCUGGCGGAGGUGGCCGCUUCCCAGCGGAGCUGCCCUCUGGCUUCUAGCAGGCUGAAGAUCGCACUACAGAACCUGGAGAUCUGCUUCUACGCAGAGGGCUGUGGCCUGCCGCCCGAGGCCCUGCACACGGCCACCUUCCAGGCUCUGCAGAGGGGCCUGGAGCUGCAGGCGGCCUCCAGCCGGGAGCUCAUCCAGAAGUACUUUUGCAGCCGCAUCCAGCAGCAGGCAGAGACCACCUCCGAGGAGCUCGGGGCCGUCACGGUCAAGGCCUCCUACCGCGCCUCCGAGCAGAAGCUGCACGUGGAGCUGCUCAGCGCCUCCAGCCUGUUGCCCCUGGACUCCAAUGGCUCCAGCGACCCCUUUGUCCAGCUGACCUUGGAGCCCAGGCACGAGUUCCCUGAGCUGGCCCCCCGAGAGACCCAAAAGCACAAGAAGGACCUUCAUCCACUGUUCGAUGAGACCUUUGAAUUCCUGGUGCCUGCUGAGCCGUGCCAGAAGGAUGGGGCGUGCCUUCUCCUCACCGUGCUGGACCACGACACGCUGGGGGCUGACGACCUUGAGGGGGAGGCCUUCCUGCCGCUGCGCUCGGUGCCGGGCCUGACGGGGACUGAGGAGCCCGGCGACGUGCCUCAGACCCGCCUGCCCCUCACCUACCCUGCACCCAACGGGGAUCCAGUCCUGCAGCUGUUAGAGAGCCGGAAGGGUGACCGCGAGGCCCAGGUGUUUGUGCGGCUGCGGCGGCAGCGAGCCAAGCAGGCCUCCCAGCACGCCCCGUGACCAGGCAGCAGCAGCGGGGCUUGGGUCCCUGGGAGGCCUGGGUUCUCCCCACCACAGCGCAGCCCUCCCGCCUGGCCUAACACUCCAGGAGGGCCCUGCAGGUCAGGGGAGCCCCAGUGUGCGGGGUUCCCGCUGCCAGAGCCAGGGCCCACAGUGAUGGGGGCCCCAUUCGCAGUAUUUAUACCCCUUCCUUCCUCCCCUCAGCCCCAGCCUCAGCAUUCUCUGCCAAAUCCAGCCCCUGGGGGAGCGGAGACAGCUGUCUGCACCCCUUACCCCUGCUCCCCUCUUCGGGCAAAGCUGCUCUGGCAGAGGAGGGGCUCAGCCCUUCCUCUCCUGGCAGGCCUGUUCCAGCCACUGAGGUGGGGGGCCAGGUGCCUUGGGCCUAUUCUUCAGCAGCCAUAAUGAAGGGAGCCUGGGUCCUCUCCUGAGGGAGCUGCCAGCACCCAGGCUAAGGAGCCUAGAGCCAGGGACCUUCUGGCUCUGAAGGGGUGAGAACUGGUGGGCAGUGGGGCUGGCACAGUUUGGCUAGCUGUGUCUGCUGAGGACCGCUCCUCCUUGGGACAGUACCUAGAAAUUUUCUUAGCAAAAAUAAAAAAAUUAACAAUACAUCGUCCUCUUACUAAACAUACUGUUGGCCUGCAGCGGGGCCUAGGUUACAGCCAAGCCAUUGCAAACCCCUUCUCAGCCCUCAGGAGAGCCUGGGCUGCCCCCGACCCCGGGCCCCGGCCCACCGCUCACUCCCCCAUGUUACAGAGCAGCGGGGUAGGUGUGGAGGUAACUGACGCAGCAGCAAAGGCUUCGAACAAACCACCACCAGACGUAUUGGGUUCUGUCGCCACUGCCUAACACAGGAGCCUGGCACUCAUGGGGGCGCCAUGAGUGGGGGGCCUCCCAGGGGUGCAGGUUGAGGCCGAGGGGCUGCUCUGAACAGAGGGCUUAGAGGAAUGGGGCCCCAGACCUGCCUGGGGGAGUGGCCCAUAUGCUGGGAGUCAGAGCCUGAGGCUCACUUCUCAUUCUAGUGUGACCGUGGUUGAGUCACCUAACCUCUCUGAGUCUGCACAGGUAUGAUGGAUGGGGGGAGGUCAGAUAAGACCACGUCCAAGGCUUCUUUCAGCUCUGCUCCUCUGAGACCCAUACAGAAAGCCCACAAGGUAUGUGUUUUCCCACCCACCUAACAGGCCAGCUAAGAGCAGGGGGAGGGAGGUGGCUCAAAGGCUCCCUCAGGGGGCAGGCCCACCUUUCUCACGAUGCUUUUAUGAGCAGGCACUGUCUGUUCCUCUGAGAAGCUACUAGGGGCCUUGUUGUCUUUUGGAAAACAGUAAGUAUACCAGUUGCAUCUGACGAUAGAGCUCUGAAGAGCGCUAGGGCCUGGGAGGUCUCUGGGUCCAGGGCUAAAGGUCCCCAUCCCAUCAACCCCAGCAGGCCUGCAUCAGAACACUCAAGCUCUGUCUAGGAGCCUGGAGCAGC